UUUGAUCCGGAGACCAUGGGAAUCUGGAUGUGGAUCGUGCCAGAGAAAUAUAAGGACUUCAUUGGCCAGGACGUCACAGUGGUGCUGUUGGAUUCAGAGGGUGUUGACGCUGCUUUCAGUGAGGGUCGUGAUGACAAUCAGAUAUUUACUUUAACCGUUCUGUUGGCUUCCGUGCUUAUUUAUAACUCACGUGGUGUUCCCACAAGGCGUGAUCUCGAUAGCUUGCACUUUAUCUCAAAGCUGUCUGAACGAAUCCAUGCAAGAUCUAACUGGAAAGAGACUGCUAAGAAAAAAGAAGAAGAGUUCUUACACAGAAUGUUUCCUUUCUUUAUACGGUUGCUGAGAGAUGUAGCGCUCUCCAUUCCACGCGACUGCAAAGACAUCAAGGAUUACUUCUUGAAAAAGGUCUUCCGUCAGAAAGCUCCCCGAAGGAAUGAUGUACCAAAUGUAGCCGAGGGCAUCUUGAGGUUCUUUCCUGGUUUUAAUGCGUUUGCCCUAUCCCCUCCUUCAACUGAUCCAAAUGUGUUAAUCAAUCUUAACACGAAGAAGGAUCAUUUACAGCCUCAAUUUUUGAGUGAAUUAGAGCAGUUUAAGAAGAUGAUAAAGUCCAUGCUAGUCCCAAAACACAGCUGCAACAAAGGAGAGCUUAUAACUGGAGAAGGUCUUGCCGCCCUGGUCACCCAUUACGUUUAUCGUGCCAUCAACACUCCUGAUGUGGUUCCAAACGUUCAGGUCGCGUGGGAUCAGUUUGUAAAAGACAAGUGCUCAGGUACCAUAAAGAAAUGUCAACAGAAAUAUAACGAGUUUGUGGACUUAAAACUGCCAUGUGAUAAUGCUGAGAUACACUUCCGUCACGAAUCCGCAAUGGAGGAAACUAAAGAUCUGUUCAAGGCGGAAAUGUCUGGCAUUUCACCAACCACAGUGGAUAAGCAACUGAGGGAACUGAAGGGUUUUUUCGAGAAACGGUUGAACGAACGGAGGACUGAGAAUUCAAGGUUAACAAGACAAUUCUGUGAUAAUCUUCUGUUACAACUAAAAACAAAACACCUAGAUCCAGUCAUUGAGCAGCUUCAAGGAAGAGAAGGUUCGAAAUUAUCAUUCGAUGACAUCCUGAACGUUUACCGACAUAUCAAAGAUGACUACGAGGCAGAAGCAAAGGGUGCUAAAGAUGCCAUUGCUGAGGCGUUCUCCGACUUUCAUUCCAAACUAGCUGCGGAUACAAAACACUACCGUGAUAGACUGAAACAACUGAAAGAUUUUGACCAAAAAGGCGCGAGGGAAAUAGUAGCAGCAGCUUUCAUAGAGCGAGAAAGGAGACGGCUUGAGGAAGUCAACGCUAGUUUACAACAGGAAAAUCGAGCAAUGGAAAAGGAGAUGCAAAUGCUGAUUGCUAGAUCAGAAAAGGAGAAAGCUGGACUGUUAGUGCUAAAGGAAGAAAUGAUGAAAAAGGAGCGCGAACAAUCGCAGAAUAUGCAGCAGGUAGGCCUGAUAGAGGCUCAGCAACAAAGAGAAAGCUACAUCCAAGAAAACCAAGCCCUCAGUGAGCGGCUAUUGGAGCUGCAAAAUGAAAACGAGGAACAAAUGAAAGUGAUGAAGAGCAUUUCAGAAAUGAUCGUUGUACACCAAAGUGAGAAAGAGCAGCUGCUUAAUCAAAUGAAGACACUUUCCCCUGAAGAGUUAACAAAGUCAUUGAAGAAGCUAGAAAGAAGGCAAUCAGAAGAAGUAAAUGCGCUCCUGAUGAAGAUGGAAGCUCUUGUGGGUGGCAUCAAAUCAAGCGGCGGGGAAGACUUCAACGCCACAACGAAAGAUGACGAAUGUGCUAAAAAGCUGGAGGAUUUGCCUGACAUCAUGACUUCGAGGGCACAAAUCGCUCGGGGUCUACACCAAAGGAUAGCAGAAAACGAAAGAGAUCAAAGGGAUCUCAAAACGGGUGAAAUCCUCAAGAAAGUUCUCAAGUUUAUGGGAGAUGUUGCACCAGCGGUCGGCGCGGUAGCAGCUCUUCAUCCAACGUGUUUACCUUAUGCUAUGUCAGUGGCCCAAGCCGUGCAAAGCAUCGCCCAAGCUGUACAGACUCUUGACUGCAGUAUCAUGUAA